AUGCGCGGUUCUUGCACUACUAGAAGGAGGCUAAGCUUGGACGCGGGGACCAGCACCACGUUGAUACUUGGUAGCGCAGACAGGCUUCUAGGAGGGAAUGAUGUUGUCUGCACCUCAAGCAUUAGGCACAGAGAAAUCAUUAGUAGCAAUAGAAAACCUGCACGGCGUCUCAGCUUGGAUUCUAUGACCAGGGGCGAUCGCCUUAGCCCCAAUUCGAAUAUCGCCCAGCAUGAGCCUCGACUACAAGUGCAUGUACCAAUCUCACAACCCAAUGUUAAACACUUGGGCAAUCAAGGGUCGAAGCUUGGUGUCCCUUGCCUUCAGCCUUCAAAACGCGAUUCAGACGCAAAAAGGCAACGAAAGGCCAGGAAACACAAACGGGAAUCCCAAUGCUCCCGAAGCGAGAAAGACAGGAAAGAGACAAGAAUAAAUGAAGCCACAAGAAGCAGGCGGGCCAAUGAAUACCGGAGCUCGUUGUCCCCCAAAUCGACUGCGCGUGGCAAAGUGAGGGCAAGAAGUACCAGUGCAUUGGACAUUAGUUCAUCGCAAAGUCAAAGGAACAGGAGCCAAAUCAGCCGCCGCAGACGGAGUGCGGAGUCUGCGCAUCGCGGUCACGGCAUGAGCCAACGGGCCACAAAACGCUCGCAAGAAGGAAGAACCACAGGCUGCUUGCAACCGAAACGAGUUGAUCCAACGACGAGCUCACAGAUCCAAGAAACGUUCGUUGUAGCUUUCCCCGAGCAGCCUUCAAACCAACAUGACUCCAAUAGGACUGCAGAUCGGCGCCAACCCAGCUCUAAUCGAUUGACAACUUCUCCGAGGCGUGGUUCGAGCACGCCUGGUGAACGUCGUAGGCGGAGACUUGGCCGCACGGGUCGUGAAGCCCUUGUCCAAGCUUUGGCUACAACGAGCCCACCCUUUAAUUCAGCAGUUGCAGCGCGUGAGAAACGAGAGAAGGCGAAAUCAAUCUUGAAGGCACGCACCGAAAGCCUAGCACUGUUGAGAAGGCAGCAAGAAGUCGUCAAACAAAGGUUUUGCACAGUCUAA